CCCAGGCCAAGGGCACGGUAGUCGGUGGUCGGCCGGCUCCGCGGGAAGCCGGGCCAGCGGCGCGAGCCUGGGGACCGCGUCCGACCCGGGAAGCUGCGUCUGUGACAUCGGGCAGAACGGGUUGCACUGAACCCUCAAGUAUGCCAGGCGCCGGCCAGCGGCAGGGCAGGGCGGGCCGGGCGCACCCGGGGCGCUGCGGCAGGUAGGCGCCGCUGGCCGCGCAGUCCUGGGCGCUGCGGAGCCCCCACCUCGCCCRCCCGGUCGCUGUCACUCCCGGGAGCGCGGGACAGAUCCCAGCCAAGGAAGCCCCCUGCGCCCAAAGAUUUUAUCCCAUUUUGGAGAUGAAGAAAAUGAGGCCCCAAGCAGCUGAGUGACUUUCCCCAGGACACACACUAAGGGCUUUGAUGGCAUGCUCAGGCCCAGAGCUGAAAGAGGAAUAAAUUCCAAGUGGCCGAGGCUGUGUCCUCUGGGGCCCAGGACUUGCUCGCGAGUGACUUGGCCGUGAGCCCCACACMGCCCAGCACCAUGGAGAGAGUCAUCACCUUCUUCCACUCCAUCUGGGACAUCGUGGUGACCAAGCACCAGGAGGGCAUCUUCAACACCGUCUGCCUGGCCAUCCUCCUGGGGCUGCCUCUCGUCGUGGUUCUCACGCUCAUCUUCAUCUGCUGCCACUGCUGCUGGAGCCGGCCAGGCAGGAGCAGACCGCAGCCCGCGCAGAACAAGAGGAAGAAGAAGAAGAAGGAUGAAGAAGACCUCUGGAUCUCGGUCCAGCCCAAGCUUCUCCAGAUGGAGAAGAGGCCAUCGCUGCCUGUCUAGCUCCCUCUGGGGCCGAGCCUCCUCCCGUCCCCACAGAGACUAGGGAGCAGGAAUCCCUGGAGAGACACACUCCUGUCCCCAGACUACCUACUCCACCAGGGAACCAAUCUCAGACUCAGUGUCCCCAYGGAGGGCACUCCCCGGGGAGCACAUGGACGUGUCUUGCUCUGUCUUGGCCACUAUGUGUCCAGUAGCCAUGCCUCUGACGGCGACCCAAGCAUGCAUUCCACCUGCYUCUGCACACCCCAUACCCCAAAGCACCAAGAACGUGAGUCUGUCCAUCUYGACAUAGCUUCCCCGUGUACCCACACACCAUCACCCGGGCAGAUUCAGGCAACGGCGCAAGGGCAAGUCUAUUCUGCUCAUCUGAUGCUGUCGACUGUGUGCUCCAGGCCAGCAGCGCAUUACACACACUUGCAGAAAUGCCUGGUGGGCAGGCGUGGCUAGACUCAGGCACUUAGACACAGUUGUGCAGCCAGGCAAGGCCCCCACGCACUGUCUGCUCCGUAUUUCAGUCAGGUUGGAGACGUUGCCUCCCUAUUCCUGUACSUACGCUGCCUUUCACUGGAGAGUCUGGCAACCUGGUACUGCCCCUAUUCCAGUGCAGACUGACACAGACACACCAAGUUCCUGUGCUUCUGACCCCUCACCUGUGCCCCUGUAAAGUCUGAUGAUCAAAAUUCACUGAAAGCUCUUUUCUCACAACAUUGUUCUCGUUGCCACUGAUGGUAUUCAGUGUGGGCCAAGACCUCUCGGGCACACUACCCCAUAACCACUCAGUAAGGUGCCCUUUUCCAAGCAAAAACAAACAGCUCUUGGCRGUGACUGCUAGAAAACUAUGGAAACCCCUCAUCCACUUCAGUGGGCUCCAAGUGUAUACCUGUGCAAUUAUGUUUUCCAGAUGGAAAUGUUAGAUGCUACAACUGAGUGAGGUAUCCUCUUUCUACCAAAGAUUUUCAGUAAGAAAGGAAUUAAGACAAUCACAGCACCAUCUCCAAGAAUGCACACAGGGAAUGAUUUCAUAUGGUUGUAAGGAGUGCACGUGUGGUGCAGGAGRGACCCAGAAGUAGCAACUGAAAUGAAAGUAGGAUGUAGCUAUAAAGAAGUUUAUUAAUAUUUAUCUUGAAGCUCAGGCAAGUACCUUGCACACAGUAGGUACUCAUAACUGUAGUUUCUGUUUGAUACAUGGUGACAUUAUGGGUAAACUCUGAUACCUCACCAAUUCCCCCCAAGUGACCUUGUAAGAGAGCCCACUAACUGCUGCAAUGGCUAGAACUAGGUAUUGGGUUCCAUAGGAGACUACAUGCAGAGCUAAGGGGCAAGAGGAUGCUCGCGCCCCAAGGGAUGUGAGGACAUGCAAGCUAGGUCCCCAAUGAGUUGAGCAGGCUCCUCCCCACCAGGCUGAGGUUGGGAGGCACAGUUAAUCUACCAUAUGAUGAACUGGUUGGCAUUUUGAUUGCAUAUGACCAUAUUACAAAGAUGGAUCAUUCCCAAUCUGGGAGCAGGUUGUACUCUAACAAUUCAUUUGCAGAUCUUCUAGGGAGCACUCUUGAAAUAUUUUCCCAUGGAAGCUGUUCUAGACAGUGGCAAAAUCACUGCCUAAUAGCACAGCUAAACUAUGACAUUUAGAAAAAAAAACAACAUUUAAAUUCAUCAAGGCUGUGUGAAUGGAGAAAUGUACUCAAKUUGCUUACUUGGGCUACCUGGUACUCACUUGCCUUCCAGGUACACUCCGGGUCCAAGGAGGGUGGGCAUCUGGUGGUGACCAGGGUCUAGGACAGAACUCUGUGAACCUAACUUAGGCCUGCUUAUGUGUCCAACCAGUCAUGUUUGCCCUGGGGUGAGAUUCCUUAGCGACUCAGGCCUCCACUCUUAAACCCCUUUGACCCAGAAAAAAAAGCACUUUCUGAUUCUGUGUCCCCUUGUCACUUGGAGAACUUGUUAUAGAGCAUCUGGCUGUCUCCUGCGUGUCCCAGGAUGGCCAGUCAUCUCCACACACCACAUGCCUCCCRUGUCCUCUGCUGCCCACCAGGACCAGCUGGCCUUCCCAUCCCCAGCUCUCAGUCCCCCUAACGAAGAYGACUUGGGAGAGACAUGGAGACCGGCAGAGACAUGGGUGUCAGGAUCUGGGGGCAUGGGUCAACAGCAUCAGGGACCACAUGAGUAACAUGGUUUCCAUGGCAACUGGCCACCAAAUUGAAUUAAGACAGCAGUCAGUUGGCUGCUGUGACAAGGCUUCUGUCCCUAGGCACAGGACCCCUGCCAUCUCCUCAACGCACGGACUUUCUCYCACUCUGGACGUGAAACACCCAGAAACUCACAUCUCAAUUGUCUCCAAAGCCCAAGACGCAGAAGACUCCACCUGGAGGGGGCUUGUCUGUUCCUCUCCCGGCCUCCCCACAGCCUCAUGGUGCCUAGGCCUGUGCUGGAAGCRUGCCAGGCCCUCAGAUUGUUGGACAAAUGGAAGCUCAGAAGGGCCAAGGGAACCUUCYGUCACGUCCUCUCCCCCGGUCCUGGCCUCUCCUGUGCCCCUCCUAGUCCCUCUUCUCCCUGCGCCCGUGGUUCAGCCGUCUACUCCCUCCAUCCCAGCCUCUGUCCCAGAACCACCUCUGGCAACCACUGGGACCUCGGGACUCCUGUCCACAUGGCUCAUCUGGGGAGGUGAGGUUAAUGGGGGACAAAACGAGGAUCUGUAAAGAAGAGGCCUCAACCAGCACAGGCUAGGAGAGAGGGUCCCCRGGCCCAGAGUUCUGACAGCCUCAGCCAGGCCCAGACAGGGUCAGAGGAGAGAGGCCCGCCAUUGCUCAGAGUCGCUGUUUGUUUGCAUUUCUGGGUGGGGAGGGAAAGGAAAAGGACAGUGUAGAGAAAGGAAAUUCCCCUUUCCAAGAAGAAUAUAAAUGAUCAAAGCUGUAUAAUAUUUUUCAGUAAAAUUCAA